AUGCAGGGUGACAAUGGUGAAACAUUUUCCAAUGACUUCCGAAAUUUUCUAAGUGAUUUGGGAUCAAUGGUGUACAAGACGAAAAGAACUGAAAAUAUCGAGCGCCCAGCCCAAAAAUCAACCACAGUUAUACCUGCAAAAUAUCGGAGAAAAGAAAAUGUUCGCAAUACGCAAAAGGAAAUUCUAGGAGACAUGUUGAUGAUGAAACUGGUAUCUUAUUAUGAAGAUAAAUAUAAACUGACUCACGAAAAAGAUCCCGAACAACAGAUCACAGAAAGAAUCACUUCCGUGCCAUUAUAUUUUAACAGAUAUAAUGAAAUUGAUAGAAAUGAUUUGAGAGAGUUACCUUAUAAUAGAAACAGGAGAUACAAUGUUCCGUACUCAAGAAGGAACUAUGAUGAUCCUGUGCCUGAUGUCGUCGUUUUAUAA